UCACUCCUUGAGUUAGAAUCCUGAGGCGCGAUUACUUGAAUGACUGUCCGACCGUGAACCUCGAACUCCCCGCACUGCUUGCUUGCUUGCUGGGCGGCUGCAAUGUCUCAGACCCUUAUUCCAACUCCCCCUACACCGUCCCCGUCUUCUCCUUCCUCUUCUUCAUUAUUCUCAAACCUAACAAUUCCACAUUCAUCCCUUCAUUCCAAGCUCCGAAUAUCACAACCCACCCGCUUAAGACCCAUCCGAAGCCAACAACCCAGAUUACUUUCAAGCAGAAACAGUGGCCCCACUGACAAUCCCAGAUGGUCGCUCAGCGGGAUGACCGCCCUCGUUACCGGCGGCACUCGCGGAAUCGGGCAUGCGAUUGUGGAGGAACUGGCGGGCCUUGGGGCGACAGUGCAUACGUGUUGUAGGAAUUCAAGUGAGCUGGAUGUGUGCUUGAGGGAAUGGGAUAAUUUGGGUUUUGGGGUAACUGGGUCAGUGUGUGAUGUGUCAGUUCGAGUUCAGAGAGAGGAACUCAUGGGGACUGUGUCUUCUGUGUUUGAUGGGAAGCUCAACAUCCUCGUAAGUAAGCUCCUGGAUUUCCUCAGUUUAUACACCCACAAACAUGCGUGCGAGCGUAUAAAUAAUGUUGGGACAAACAUAAGGAAACCAAUGGUGGAUUUCACAGCUGAUGAAUUCUCUACUCUCAUGUCGACCAACUUCGAGUCUGUUUUCCAUAUAUCCCAACUUGCUUAUCAACCUUUGAAAGCAUCGGGAUUUGGAAGCAUUGUAUUCACGUCCUCUGUAACGGGUUUUGUCUCACUGAAGUCUAUGUCUGUUCAUGGUGCAACAAAAGGAGCAAUCAAUCAACUCACUAAAAGUCUGGCUUGUGAGUGGGCGAAAGAUAAUAUAAGAAGUAAUGCUGUGGCGCCUUGGUACAUCAGAACCUCAAUGGUGGAGCAGGUACUUAGCAACAAAGAAUACCUAGAAGAGGUGUAUUCUCGAACUCCUCUUCGGCGUCUUGGAGAGCCAAAGGAGGUUUCGUCUCUUGUAGCAUUCCUUUGCUUACCUGCAUCAUCCUACAUCACUGGCCAGAUUAUUUGUGUUGAUGGAGGGAUGUCUGUCAAUGGUUUCUACCCAAGACAUGACUAAAGAGCCAACUUAACCAUUAUGUUGAUUUACAUUCUCUUAAUUGACCCCAGUAAGUCUAGUCAGACUAGUCUCCACUAGUUAUGACCUAGCCUUGGCAUUCCCCUGCACUCCUGCUUCUCUUUUGUAGUAACUACAAAGAAACAAUUUUUUUUCCCAAUUAUCACUCUUCCUAUUACUCAAAGUAAUUUUUACCCUCUUUUUUUUAA